AUCUGAUCAGCUGAUCUGACCUGGCAACAAAACGUAGCUAGUGAUAUCUGUUAGGGAGGGGACUCAAGAACGAAAACAAUGACACUGCUAGGACGGAUUUAAACCAACAAGGUACGAUUUUAAAGACUUUUAAAGCAAGGAUUCCCCUCCCGGAUUCAAGCGUCCGCGACUAUCUAAGCUAUUUUCUGACAUUGGCUGACUGUAGCUUUGUUGAUGUUUUUUUUUUUUUUUUAGUGUAUGUUGCUGGCUGCUCAUUUGUGUGCUUGAGAGCUGUUUGUUCAAUAAUUAUUAUUUAGCAAAUAAGAGAUAGCCGCUAGCUUUUAAAGCAAGCAUUCUUUGUUUGAAUGCUAAAUAUUAUCUGUCGUGCUAGCUAGCCGGCGAGCUAUUAUUAUUAUUAUUAUUAUUAUUAUUAAGGGCCAGUUUUCUAGCUAGCUUGUUGUUAGCAUUAUUUGCACAUUCAUCAUUCAGAAAUAGCUAGUCGUGUCGUGUCGCUUGUGGCUACAUAUAGAUAUUUUUUUAAUGUUAUUUUUGAGCGUAAUGUCUUUUUUUAAUUGCUGAAUUUUCGGUACAAGUUAAUAGUUAGGCACAGAGGUGUAUUCUUUGUUGUUACACUGAAGUCAUUUCUUUCUUGUUUACACAUAAAACCAGCAACCAAGUCACAAUGCAGCUAAUUUAAAUUAAGUUUAGUUAGUAUUAUCACAGGUUUUUGGCAUUGGAAGCUUAGUUGGAAAUUGCUGGUGCUAUAUAGUCAAAGCAUUUUCCAAUAAGCUCCAUAUUUUAAGUUGACAGAAACGAUGAGCGGGCAUGGCUCAUCUUCAGAAAAGGGAGUCAACACAAGUCUGACAUGUCAAGAGAGUUACGCCUGCGGUGGCUCCGAAGAAGCCGCCUUUGAAUGCGAAGACUGUAAGACAUUGCAGUGUGUUCGCUGUGACCUGGAACUUCACAGUCAGGAGCGACUCAAGAACCACGAGCGACUCCAGAUAAAAAACCCGGGUCACGUCCCUUACUGUGACAACUGCAAAGCGGGCGACAACGGCAAGCGUAACAGGUCCAUGGUACGCUGCCAGAACUGCAAAGUCAACUUGUGUCAAGAGUGUCAAAAACGCACACACGGCGGCGGAAAUAAGAAGAAACACCAUCUCACGCCGUAUCUUCUCUCGACAAAACAAUCCGAAGUCGGGAUUGUGCAAGCGUCCGCUCAGCCUGCCGUGCAAAAACUCGAUGAAGCUAAGUCACGCAGAGCAAAACUGUUGGAAAAUGUGUGCAGUUUCCUUCUGGUUGACGAAAAUGAGGAAAUGCAGAUAAAAGACGAAACCGCAUUUGUGAAGAAGCUAACCUGCUUGCCGAGCCAGCUCUUGAAGGUCGUGUCCAUUUUCGGGAACACCGGAGAAGGAAAAUCUCACACUCUCAACCACACCUUCUUCAUGGGCAGGGAAGUGUUCAAGACGUCUCCGACACAAGAGUCCUGCACAGUCGGCGUGUGGGCCGCUUUCGACCCGUUCCAUAAUGUGGUGGUUAUCGAUACUGAGGGGCUUUUGGGGAACAGUUCCAAACAAGGCCAGAGGACGCGUCUCUUGCUCAAGGUGCUCGCCAUCUCAGACCUCAUCAUCUACCGCACCCACGCGGACCGCCUCCAUGAUGACCUCUUUAAAUUUCUCGGGGACGCCUCGGAGGCUUACUUGAAGCAUUUCACCAAGGAACUGAAGGCCACCACGGCCCGCUGCGGUCUGGAUGUUCCUCUGUCUACUUUGGGCCCCGCUGUGGUCAUCUUCCAUGAAACUGUCCACACUAAGCUGCUUGGUACAGAUAAGUCGCACGAAUCAGUGGACAGGCUGCUAUUGGAGCGUUUCAAAAAGGUCUCCCGCUUCCCAGAGGCCUUCAGUUCUGUACAGUACUGGGGCACGCAGACUCUAACCCCGCCCACUGACUUCUGCGGCCUGCAGAAUAAACUGGAACAGCUCCUGGACAACAACGCCACACGUUCUCCACGCACCCCUGUGGUUAUCUUUAAAGCCCUGCUGGCAUUAAGUGAGCGUUUUAGUGGGGAAAUCGGAGACGAGUUAGUAGCUCACAGUUGCUUCUUCCCCGAUGAGUACUUCACUUGCUCCGGAUUGUGCCUCAGUUGCGGAUCUGGUUGCAAGAACAGUAUGAAUCACCUCGGAGAAGGAGUCUGCCAUGAGGCUAAGCAUCGUUGUCGCUAUUCCGCUCAGUAUGAUAACCGCAUUUAUACCUGCAAGGCUUGUUAUGAAGGUGGAAAAGAAGUGAUUGUCAUCCCAAAGACCUCAGCCUCCUCUGACUCUCCUUGGAUGGGCCUUGCCAAAUACGCCUGGUCUGGGUAUGUUAUCGAAUGUCCCAACUGUGGAGUGAUCUAUCGGAGCCGUCAGUAUUGGUACGGGAACCAGGACCCAGUGGAUACAGUAGUCCGAACUGAGAUCCAGCAUGUUUGGCCUGGGUCUGAAGGCUUUUUAAAGGACAACAGCAAUGCAGCGCAGCGUCUUUUGGAUGGAGUCAACAUGGUGGCCCAGUCCGUGUCAGAGCUCAGCGUCAAGCCUGCCAAGGCCGUCACCUCCUGGCUGACGGAUCAAAUCGCGCCAGCCUACUGGAAGCCCAACUCUCUUAUCUUGAUGUGCCAUAAGUGUCAAGCGGUCUUCCAGGAGAAUGAUACCAAGCAUCACUGCCGUGCCUGCGGGGAGGGCUUCUGUGAUGGCUGCUCUUCCAAAGCCGCCCCGGUCCCCGAACGAGGUUGGGGUCUUGCCCCUGUCAGAGUGUGCGAUGUGUGCUUUGAGCAGAGAGCUUCACAUGCAGAGCAUGACGAGGAAGAGGAGGAAGGUGGAACUCUUGCCAGAAAGGUCGGAGAGGCGGUGACCAACACCAUAGGGGUUGUAGUGACCGCUAUUGACAUCCCGCUGGGCCUGGUGAAAGACGCCGCCCGUCCCGCCUACUGGGUCCCCGACCAGGACAUCCUCUCCUGCCACAACUGCCGGCGUGAAUUCACUGCCAAGCUCUCCAAGCACCACUGCCGCGCCUGCGGCCAAGGAGUCUGCGACGACUGCUCCCCGGAACGCCGACCGGUGCCAUCCCGCGGCUGGGACCACCCGGUGCGCGUUUGUACCAGCUGCGACCAAAAAUCAGGAGAACUUUAACACAAGACGAACUUCCUUCCUCAGAAUACUCAAAAAGAACAGAACGGCCGGAAACCUCUCAACAGUUCUGUAUUGGUAUCUGCGGACAGGAAGUUGUUAGCUACUGUAUAUAUACGUAGAGGACACUUAGCAAAUUUGGAAAUGGAGAGUUCCCGUGGCCUUUUGUUUUCGAACAGCCAGAAUCUGUGAGUUACUUGACGAGAGAGUGUAAUGUAAUCUACAUUUCUACUCUUUAUUAUUCAACCUGAAUAUCUUCUUCACACAAAUCCUUAAUUGUAUGUCAAAUAAGCUUGAUGAGCUAUUUUUCUACUAUGAGUAAAUAUUAAAAAAAAAAAAAAAAAAGUAUCAUUUAAAGAAUACUAGCUAGCGGAGAGCGUUAUUAGCCGUUCUUAUAUUGUUUCUCUAAUGUACGUGUUAAGCGGCCAGAUGAUGUUUAUGAAUGAAGCGCAGGUUAGAUUGCAUGCAUGAGUUUUUUUUUUUUGCACUACGCCUUUUUUUCAGCUGUUCUAGGCUGUUGCUUAACAUGGCCUGAAAAAAACAGACGUCCAUAUUUAUCAGCAGCGUAAGGUUUUUGAUUAUGUGAGGGUGCCAAAAUCAUUCAGGUCACUGUGUUUGUGCUGUUAUGAAAUGAUAUUUUUAUCAUGUUGUUGUGGUUGUAUGAAGACAGAAUACUGUUAGCAGCUACAAAUUGUAUAUAUAUGUUUGGAAAUUCAUGAGAAAAAAAAUAUUCUGGUAUGUAUGAGAGUGUGAGAUAUCAUUUUGGCAUUUUUUUUUUGUUUAGUGAUUAUUCACUGAAUGACUUUACCAUCAGGCAGAGUGCAUGUUGCACUUGUUAUUUUCUUUUUGUUAUUGUUUAUGACAGAUUUUUUGUCUCGAAUUCACAGUCUUAUGUAUUGCAUCUGACAAAGUCCCACGCAGUCAUAAUGUUGCAUUUUUUUUUUGUCUUGUUUGUGUUUAUCAUUUUCACAUUAUUUACUGUAAACCAUUUCAAAUUAUGUAGUGACUUUUCUUUUGCCGUAUUAAUUGACUAAACGAUGUCAUGCCCGUGUUUUAAAUGUACGUCAUACCCAAUUAGCUUUAACUGAAAGGCUUUUAAAGUGCAAAAAAAAUAUCUGUCAAGCCUUUAUUUUAUGAUGCAAGUUUUAUUCGGUUUAGUUGUGUGGUUUGGGAAGAUUUAAUGUGUGUGUGUGUGUCACUCUUAAAAUAGAUUUGUCAAAAUAUUGCAUCACAUACACACACACACAUCUGAUACAAUGUUACACAUGAUUGAAUAGGAAAUAUCACGUCCAUUCCUAUUAAACAAAGUGUGCAAUCUGUAUUCUGUGCGGUUUUAUAAACAUAUCUGCUACAUAUACAUUAUAUUGUGCUUCAUUUUGGAAGUAC